AUGAGAGAUAAAAAACUAUUACUAUACACAGUUGGUGGUGCUGCUGUCUUAACGGGAGCCUAUAUUUAUUUCAAAAAGAGAAAUAUAACUCUAGAAUAGAAAUACUCAUAGCUUUUUAAUUAGUUUUUGCAGCAAAUCCUCUCAUUUAAAUAACUCAAUUAAAGCAAUUUUUAGCUUAAAUAUGAUAGAUUAUUAUAUUUAGCUAUCUAACAAGAAAAUAACAGCAGCAGCAACUAACUGACACUUGCAGAUUAAAUAUCUUUUUCAGAUGUCGAUGCUAUUCUAAAUUAAGGAGCAUGUCCUUAACAAAUUAAUGCUCGCGAUUAUUACUACGAUUGUUUUGAUUGUAGUCCUGCAAGAUAAGAAAAUGAUCAAGCACUAAACGGUAUAGAAAUUGAUACACCAUAUCAAAUAUUAUGUGAGGAUUGCUUUAAAACAGAAGAACAUAAAAAUCAUAAAUUUAAAAGAGUCGGCUUUUGCAAGAAACAUUAAGGCUUUGAUAAAAUCAAAUAAUUAUAUGACGAUUAACUCCUUAAAAAACUUAAGCUAUGGAAAGACAUUGAAACAUUCUUAAUUGAUUCUUUUUACUAUUACGUUGAAGCUGUAAGUGCUGCAAUUCAAUAAAAAAUUGAUAAAGUAAUUGAUGAAAAGACAUACAACUAAAAUAUUUAAGGUACUAAUUUCUUCCUUUAGCUCAUAAUUAAUAAAAUAAACGAAAUUCUUGAGCUAAAUCCUCCUUCCACUUAUCUCAUAUCAAGCAUACUCUUAAAAUCUUUUGAAAAACCUAUUUCUUUUAAGGUUAAGAAAAAUUGCCAACAAUAAUAUCCUGAUAAAUAUAUCAGAUUAAUUUAAAAGGAAAAAGAAAUUAAUUAAGAUUUAACCAUUUUGGAUUGUCUGUUACUGAGUUAUGAAGUUAUAUGUCCCAAUAGCGACUAAUAUAUUUCUAAGCUUUUUUAUACUCUUGCUAUGGCUGAUGAAAAAUUUACAACUAUUCUUUGCGAAAAAUUCUUUAGAAUGAUUGGAUUUAUUGCAUCUACUUAAAAGUCUAAAGAUGAAUGGAUCUAUAAGUGUAAGCUCCCAAAAUUCACCCACAUCAUAAUGGAAAAUAGUUUGUGUUAAGGUUUAGAAAAUUUUAUUUAAUUUACUAAUUUUGAGCAUACUUAUAUGAAUGCUUAAGUUUAAAUUUUUUAAGCUUUGAAGCUUAUAAAUGAUGAAGAAUUAACCAAUAAUAUGAUAUCUAUAAUGUGUGAUAGUUUUAAAGAACACAUUUAAAAAAUAAAUGAUUUAACAGAAGAAAAAGAAAAGGAAAAUAAGCAUUUCUAUACACUAUCAGUUUCUUCAUUAAUUUUUUUGCCUUACCUAGUCGCAAUAUCUGAAAAAAAAAUCUUUACAAAAUAUUCGAUUUAAAAAUUCUUUAAUGAGAAAUUUAGCUUUAAAUGUGAAGUAGAAAAAAUAUAUUUUUUCAAAUGCUUAAGAAAAGUUAUUUCAAAAUUUAUCCUUUUUGAAGCUGGUUUCUUGAAUUCUAUUUUUGAAUCUUUAUGCACAUAUGGAUUCAUGGAAUUUGCUUAGGUUAUAGAGGGAAUCAUUUUUAAUCCAGCGAGUAAAAUAUAUGAUUUAUACAUAUUAGUCAAUUCUAUAAUUCUUUUGGCCGAUAAUAAUAGUAAUACCACUACUCAAAAUAAUCCACCUUAAAAACUAAUUUAAGAAUUACAAAAUAAGGAACUAAAUUUCAAUAUAUCAUUUUACAGUUCACAAUUAAUGCAUUAAAUACUUUUAGAUUCAACACCUUUGUUAAAUUUGUUCCCUAAAACGUUAAAAUUAUUUUUCCCAGAAGAAUGCUUAUCAGAAGAUACCCAAAUAAAAAAAAUAAUCAAAAGGAAUGUAGAAGAACUUGUUGUGACUUGUAUCAAUAAAAAUAAUCUAGUAAAAAUGAACUUGAAUGAUUUGGAGGAGAUUUGUUCUGUUUUAAUAAAUGAUCAAAACGUAGUGAAACUAAAUAACAAUGAAGCUUUGGAUUAAGAUGAAAGUGGAUAGUUUCUUUCCCUUCGCAAAUAGUAUACCCAAAAGUUUUAUACUCGUCAUUUGUUAAGAAAUUAAUUUAAAAGAGUUUUUUAAGAUAUCAAUGAUAUAAGUCUAAAAAAUAGAGAAUCAAAAAAGGAGUAUACAUUUGUUGGAAGCGAUUUUAGUUUAGAAAAGCUAUUUCCAUAUCAAUAAGAAAUCUUCAAAAAGAUAUUUUUGGAUGAGGAGUAUGUUAGAUAAAUCAUUUCAGUUUGUUUAGAACAAAAAUAACAUAAACUUAAAGUAUCAGAAAGCUUAAUACUAUAUCUAAUGUUGAAACUUAUUGUUUCUAAAGAUCAAUCUGAAAUUAUGAGUGAAGAAGAGAAAAACUAAAUUGAAAAAAUAAUCUAAAUAUUACCUUUGGACAAAUUAAAAGAAUAAAUUAUAGCUGAAAUUGAUCAUUUAAAACAGAAAUAAUGUCUUGAUAUGUUGAUAACUGUUGAAAACAUAUUAGAAAUAUUGAAACAAUUAAGUUAAAAUGAAAUAUGA